ACAGCUGUGAGAAAGCUAGCUGUAUGACUGUUUUCACUUACUGAGAAUUAACUGCAGCAACCAACGAUGUCAGGGACUUUUCUUUGCAAGAUUCUGUUCCUCGUCAUAUUGUCCAGGAGACAAGUCAACUCAAUUGAAGUGGACAACACGCCCAGUCCUGUCACCACCAGAACGGGCUGCCAAGCGUUACUAACCUGUGCCGGGUUAGGAACCAGCAUUGAGUGGACAAUGUUUGGGGCAGUGGCUCCGUUGGAGGAGAAUGAGAACCUGAGCACACAUACUGAGGAGUUUCGUCGUGGUAAUUCAAGUCCGCCGUACUGGGUGGCCAACCUCAGUAUCACUGUGUACCCGGCCAUCAACAACCAGCGGUUCCAGUGCUUCCUUCGCGGGAGUCCUCCCGGAGCUAGAACAAUCACACACCAGGUUCUACUGAGAGUCGACCCUGAAGUUGUAGCAAUAGAGCCAAUCGACGCCCAGUGGGACUUGUCUUCCUACCACAUUGGAAGCAACAUCACCAUCGGGUGCUCAGUCAAGACAUGUGCAGAGCAGAUCUCGGUCCAGUUUCUAAAGGGAGCCAGUGUGGUGAAGAAGUACUUGGACCAACAAGGAGUUGCCAACAGCGCAUACGUUCUCACGCUACCAGUUUCAGAGGACAUUGUCGGAAUGUACGCGUGUAAGGUGGACACAACUAACGCCGAUCAUAGCGCCAUGCAGUACUUCGAAAUAAUCGGAACACCAAAGCCACCGCUGCCCACCACAGCCCCACCAACAACAGAAGGAACCACCAGACCGACAAACACAGGAGGAGGAGAUAACCAGAACGGUGGCGGGGAUGGCGAUAACAAUUCGGCAGUUCCAGCGAGCUACUCACCAUCACUGUUGGCAACGACACUCCUCACAACCUCCCUCCUCCUAUUCCUCCUGCUCUGACAUGUCACACUCACACUCACAUCACAAAUGUCACCAUCUCACUACAUACUCACACCAGUGAAAUACUAAAAACAGCAAGUCCAUUUUUUUUUCCCCACAAACAAACUUGUCCGUCUAUGUCCUUUUUGUACAGCAUUUGUCUAUUUUUUUAUGUUUUGUGUGUAUAUUUAUGUUUUAUGUAAAUUUGAUAGCUAUGCAUUUGUACGUCGCUUUGUGUAUCUUACUUUUGUCGUUUUGUUUACUUAAAAAUCAUCUGGUGUUUACAUUGGUCGUGCUGCACCUUGCAGAGGGUUUGGACAUGUCACAAGGUAUGAUGUCAUCUAUAAUAAUUAUUAUCACGAUCGAGUUUUGUCAAGUGUGUGUCUGGAAAGGUUGGACUUUUGUUGUGGUUGUGGAUACAUGUGCCUUUUUAUUCAUUUGCCUACGUAUAAUAAUUAUAGUGUCCUUGACUUUUUCGUUCAUUGUUUUAAAUUUUGUCUGUU